AACUGCACAAGCGAGAAAGCGAUAUCUAAAAUGGCAUUCCUUAUGAUUUAUCCAGCUGUAGCUGUUUUGUGUAUGUUUGUACUUGUUGUAAUAAUACUUAUGUUAAGAUUUGGAGCCAGAUGGUGCAAAUUGCGUCAUACGGCUUUUGCUGAUCAGGAGUACUGGAAUGAGGAUGAUGCUUAUGAACAGAAAGUAUCAUAUGCAUAAUCAACUUAAAAAAAACUUAUUUUACGAUUCCGUCCAUAUGGUCUAAUUGUAUGUUUACCCAGUAAUCAAAAUAGUAUUUGUAACAGUCGCCUUGUACCAAUUAUUUUUCUCUUCAGUUGAGGAUAUUUUGUUUACUGGUAAAACUAGGAACUUUAGAAUUAGGUCUUUGACUGUAUUUUGACUUUACUACUUGGUAAUUUUAGGAUAAGAAGAUUAAUGUAGCCAAUAAGCAAAUGAUUAGUUCUAAAGUUAAUUUCAAUUUGCUUGAAAAUGUUUUUGAAUCUCCUAAUUUAAUCUUUUUAUUUUAUAAGUAUUUUUUAAUUAUCAUCAGUGUAUUUGUUUUAUAUCACAAGCUAUUUCUAUAAUAUUGACCAUUAUUUUAAUAGCAGCUUGGAAGUUUGUACAUAAAUUUUUGCACAAGAAAAUUUUUACAAUGUAACCAUUUAUUUAAGACAAUUUUUACAAUAAUGCUAAUAAAUUGUAUAUGAAAACUUUUACAAUAACGCUAAUCAAUUACAUGUAUGUAUAUGAAGUUUUUUACAAUAGCGAAUAUUGCUAAUGUGAUGAACUGAAAUCUGUGCACACCAAUUUUAUGUAUAAAAUUGUAGACUCCAUUUAAUUUACUGGAAAACAGCAUACCUAUACAACAUUUUAUUUUGUAGGGGACUUAGAUCCCAUUCUGUCCAACGACCUACAGACCUUCACAAUUUCAAGAUAUUUAGUGUUGUAUAUGACAAGGUAAAUUACUUUGUUUCCAUUGGACUGUAGACUGUAGUAUUGAAUAAAAUAGGCAAACAAAGAAAAGUUUUAUUGGUAUUCUCACCAUACUAUACAAUAUUAAAGAACAAAUUGUUAUUUAUUGAAGUAGUUUCUCCAGCUUAUAAUAUUAAUAUUGACAAUUUCAGGGGCCAAAAGUAGCUUGAAAGCCUUUACAAAAACCAACACAUAAUUUUGUCUUUUUAAAAUUCUUAUAUUGGCAAACGCCUUACAUUAUUUUUUACAAUACAAUUCUUAUUGGAAAUGUAUUAUAUGAUAUAGAUGUUUGUAAAAUUCGGCGAAAGUUGUUUGUGCCUAUAUGAAAUAUUUGUAGUUAUUUUAAGUUACAGAUCCUAUUAUAAAAAGAGUGUCUAAAUUAAUGAGACACCAUGUUCAUAUUAAUUUAGUGCAUUAACUCAAAAUGUGAAAACCCAGAAAGUUACAAAUACAGUGAAUGCAUUUACUGUCUAUUGUAAUUUUUUAGACUUAUUUACUGUAGUCAUACUACUGUAGUAGUAGUUAUGGUGUUAAUUUCU